GAACGACCCCCGGACGGACCGACCCCGCGCACCGCCGCAUCCCCGUGUUCAGCGCCGAUGUCCCCCACGGCCGCCAUGCCCAAAAGAAAGGCUGAAGGGGAUACUAAAGGAGAUAAAGCCAAGGUGAAGGACGAGCCAGGGAAGAAGGGGAAAGCCGAUGCCGGGAAGGAUGCGAAUAAUCCUGUAGAGAAAGGAGACACCAAAACAGACCAGGCACAAAAAGCUGAAGGUGCUGGAGAUGCCAAGUGAAAUGUGUGCAUUUUUGAUAACUGUGUACUUCUGGUGACUGUACAGUUUGAAAUACUAUUUUUUAUCAAGUUUUAUAAAAAUGCAGAAUUUUGUUUUA